ACCAUCACCGAAUGCUGCAGACCCGUCGUAAUUGCGGUCACAUAUAUAAAGGGUCGGCAAUCAUCGUACGACUAAUCACACAAGAGGUGGCAGACCAUCGUACGGAGUUUGCCGAACCAAGAAAAAAUUGGGACAUGAGUCGCACGAACGACAUGCGAAACUCGGUGACAGUCGUGAGUACGUCGUGCGGUAGGUAACGACUGGCCGCCGACGAGUGAAGAUCUGUUCAAGACCUAUCGCCGAUUGCCGCACGAUUGGUAAUUGGCGACUGGUGAGUGUGCUUGAUAUAAAAUUCUCGUUUCUGAAUUCUGAGGUCAGUCGUUCAGAGUGAGUCAUGUCAUGGCUUCAGAAACACAGCUCCGGGUGCUUAGGCUGCUGCUACAGCAGCAAGCUGAAUAUUCUGCGGCUUUAGCUGUUCUCGUACGCUACCGAACGAAGAGACAGCGGCACUUUUGGGUCAGACCCUGGAUUGCUCGAAGACCUCAAUUUGGGAACUAUGAAAAUCUGAUGGCAGAACUGGAGCGUGAAUCACAUGGAGAUUUCAAAAACUACAUGAGGAUGGAACCAGCCAUGUUCCAUGAACUGCUGGAGAGGCUGACUCCAAGACUGACGAAGCAAGACACCAGGUUCAGGAGAGCGUUGCGGCCCGGUCUGAAGCUGGCAAUCACUCUCAGAUUCUUGGCUAGUGGCGACAGCUACCGCAGCCUCAGCUAUGCUUUUAGAGUGCCGCACAACACCAUCUCUAAGUUUGUGGGCGAAGUUUGCAGCGCCAUCGUGGAUGAGUAUGGCGAUGAAAUGGUGUCUAUGCCUGCGACAGAGAAUGACUGGCGCAAGGUGAGUGAGCAGUUCGCCUCAAAGUGGAAUUUCAGUCAUGCUGUAGGUGCUUUGGAUGGCAAUCACAUAGCAAUCAAGGCUCCCAAGAACUCAGGAUCCACGUAUUACAAUUACAAAGGAUUCUUCUCAAUCAUCCUGCUGGGACUUGUUGACGCCGAGUACAAGUUUAUGUGGGUAGAUGUCGGCGCCAACGGGUCAACCUCGGACUGCGCAGUGUUCAACAACUCUGAUUUGAAAGAAGCACUAGAGAACGACACGAUUCGACUCCCACCUGCUGAAGUGCUUCCGGGAGAUGACCGGGCGAUCUCAUACUUCUUGAUUGGCGAUGAUGCCUUUCCACUACGGAGGUGGCUGAUGAAACCCUUCUCCGGUCGCAACUUGACAGACGCCGAAAGAAUAUUCAAUUACAGAUUGUCUCGGGCUAGACGCACUGUCGAGAACGCAUUCGGAAUACUUGCAAAUAGGUUCCGCUGCCUCCUGACCACACUGCAGCAGGAGCCAGAGACUGUGAAAACCUUGGUUUUGGCUUGCAUUUGCCUACACAAUUUGAUGAGAACGAGAUAUCCGACUCUCCAGAACAUGGCACUGGAUAGAGAAGAGGACAAUCAUCAGGUCGUUCCUGGAACCUGGAGAAAUGAAGGCGCACUAGAGGACGUGCGGAGCGCGACCGGGCCAAGCCAGGCAACGCUGGAAGCCAAGGAGCAGAGGGCGUGUUUGAAGCAUUAUUAUAACAAUGCCGGCGCCGUGUCGUGGCAGACAGAUAUGAUUUGAGAUGAUGUUACACUUGCUAGUGCUCUGGUGUAUUGUAGUGAACGUGAUAACUACAAUGAAUCACAAGACACCAUGGUAUUUGUUUUUGUGCCGUGUUGUCGCCGUUAAUUCUACAGCUCUGGAGGCGCCGACUGCUUAUCUCAACUCGUGUUCAAUAAACAAGUGCGAGGUUUUGACAAAGAUUUUGACUUCUGGUGUGCAAAACAAGUUUACAAAGUACAUUCGUAGGUAUUUUGAAGGCUUGAGACGAAAAUCACAUAAAAUCGCGCUUCCAGGUUACAAAUGCAGCGCGCUUUAACAAAAUGGAACAGAUAUCGCACGAACACGUUUCGAUCUAGUGCGCAGUCGCUCUGAGGUGUCAGUCAGGGCCACUCGCGGUGUGUGCGCUGGUCAAUUGGAGCUCCCUAGAGCAAGGACCGA